GAACACCAUCGAACGUGAUCGACGUCUUCUCGACCUCCACUCAUCAGCCUUACCAACCGCGUAGUCACAUGCACCGGCCGCUAGUGUUAAUGUCUAGUGUCUUCGGCCUUACCUUCAGACUCGCUGCUCUCCUCCCCAAUGCACAAUCUAAGUUGGCCGCACUCGACGAAUACGCACGACGUAUCUCGAAAGAUGUCUGGAUUGACUUCGACCGAUCAGCAUGGCCCAUGUGCCUACAACAACCGCGGAUCUCAAGUUUAAACCCCAAAAAUGACCGUGUCGAUGGUCGUUGCUUGAAGUCGAUGCGUUGUGCCGCAGUGGCAGGGCGCCAAGACCAGUCCUAGAAAGCUCUGGAGAGUGGCGUUCAAGAUGCGUGCCUUCCUAGAGCCACUGCCAGCUCAAGAACAUUAAAGCUGGUCGUACGUCUUCGCCAAAAUGCACAAA